AUGGCGUCUCUUUCAAUCCGCCUCCUGGCUCUUUCCCUUUCCGUCACUGCUUUAUUCACUUGCUCCUCCGGCCAUGGUCACACUUACGAUCCUUAUAACGACAAGGCACGGAUGAUCCACCACGGUGGUCCUAUGCUCAACGGGACCGUUAAAUUAGCCAUCAUGUGGUACGGAAAUUGUGGCAAGGAAAUAAAGAACACCAUGAGAAACUUCAUUAAAUCAUUGACCGUCCCAGGCAAAGCCAAACUGCAACCUCAAGUUACCUGUUGGUGGAAAGUAGUGGAAAGUUACCAAUCAAUGAUACCAGACGCAAAGCCUGGGAAAAGCCCCAAAAUCAAGGUCAAAGUGGUGAAACAAUCAGGAGAGAAAACAUAUAAAUAUGGGAAAGUUUUGACUUUGCAAGGGCAUAUCCCGGAGCUUAUCGAGCAUGUCACUAAGGGCGAUACUGAACUCUUACCGGUCAUCGUUGCUGCAAGGGAUGUCUCUAUUCAAGGAAUUUGCAACGGGCAAUGUGCGGAUCAUUUACUUACUGAGGAUCCCCAUCCGCGACCAUACAUCAUAGUCGGUAACCCAGAAACGGAGUGCCCUGGAGAAUGCGGAUGGCCUUUCUUCCCGGCUGACAUGGGUCCAAAGGGACCAGUCCUUAAACCACCAAGCGGCAACAUGGCAGCAGAUGCUAUGGUUGUUGCCUUCGCGGGUGCAUUGGUUGAUGCAAUCACCAACCCAAUGAACGAUGCUCUCUACCAUUCAAACAAGGCUAAAGAACUCGGCCCAGCCACCGUUUGCAAAGGCAUUUUCGGUCGUGGUGCUGCCCCUGGCAACCCCGGCGAAGUUCUCACCGACCCCAAAACCGGCGGAAAUUUCAAUGCCUACGGAAAUAAGAACAAAAAAUUCUUGCUUCCAGCCAUCUGGAACCCCAAAACUAAAUCUUGCUGGACUGUUUAAUGGAGGUGGUUUGCAAAAUUUGAGACAAAAAUAAAAUAAAAAUUAAACAUUAAAUUUCUGUAAAAUUAUUUUUUUAUUUUAUUGUAUUUUCAAAAUCGAAGCGGAUUAGAGUCAUCGAACCGAUUAAUAAAAAAUCGUUGAGCCGUCAACCAAUGAAAA